AUGGCCUCGCCGCACAUUGGCAUUAGCUACGAUCGCGACAAUUGCGAGACUCGCGAAGAAGACAAUCGCCGCAUCUUCACCAAUGUCGCCCGCUGGGUUUUCUAUGAGAGCAAACAACGUGUUGCCAAGUUGUUUUGGCGCGGGCAGUGCGUCACCGAGCUGUACUUGCAAGACGAAGGCGCUGCAGGCUCAGGCUCCUUCAAGCCCUUGUUGUAUGAGCUUGCAGUGCCAACCAGCCGCUAUAUGCUCGCCCUCGGCCUCUUCAAGAGCCGAACGCUUGUGUCCAACACGCAUUUCGACUUUCAAGUUGACUACCUGAGCUCCGCAAUCGCCUGUGACUAUCCUUUCGACACUCCUGGCGACGUUGUUGGCAUGGAUCUCGGCGAGACGUGUCAGCGACCCUCUGACUCGUACGAGGGACUGAAGCAUCCUUCGAUCGGGCUGGUCGCCAAAACGGUUGGUCUGGUCAAGCAGGUUGCCGACAUUGCGCGAUUUCCCUUCGACUGGUUUAAUUAUUCCGCCGACGAAGAUCACGACAUUUUUUCUGUCACAUACACUGGUUUUUCUAGCGUCCCCAAAUCGCUCUGCAACAUUAGCGCUCGUGCGUACUCUGAGCCGCAGGAAAAGAAAAUCACCACUCCUGCGAUAAGUCGGUCGAUCGGGCGUCUCAGAGCUGAAAUCACUCGAAACCUCCAAACACUGUCUUGGCGCCGAAUCGACACAAGAUUCAACUCGCUGUGGUGCCACGACUACUUUCUGGGCAAAAGCACGGUGCACUUUAGCGUUGUCAGCGAUCCCAAGCCGGCAAGGCCGGUUCUGGACAUGUUUUUGAAUGUUUUGGCAGAAGAUGCGAAUCAGGCGUGA